CUGACCCCAGAUGAGUUCAUUUCACAUCCGUGUCUUAUUCUGUUGAAUAUGCUCACUGCAUGAGGAAGAGGACUACAAAACCAAUUGUUCCAAACUUUGUAGUCAGCAUAUUUCUGGCCUCCCUGUGUGUGGUCCCAGUGAACCCCAUGGAGCCCCCUGUGCACAUUUUCCGUGAAGAGCCAGGCUCCACCUGCUCUCCAGGCCCCUGCCUCCUCCCCAGCAGCAGCAGCUGGCUCCUGGGCUGGGCCGAGUAUGGCAACAAUGCCAGUGGUGGCUUUGAAGACUUGCAGCAGAACCACACCAACAUUUCCCCAGCUAUCCCUAUUAUCAUCACUGCUGUUUACUCUGUGGUCUUUGUGGUUGGCUUGGUGGGCAACUCUCUUGUGAUGUUUGUCAUCAUAAGGUAUACAAAGAUGAAGACAGCAACCAACAUUUAUAUUUUCAAUUUGGCCAUGGCAGAUGCUUUAGUUACCACUACUAUGCCUUUUCAAAGCACUGAAUACUUAAUGAACUCUUGGCCAUUUGGGGAUGUGCUGUGUAAAAUCGUUAUUUCAAUUGACUAUUAUAACAUGUUUACCAGCAUAUUCACAUUGACCAUGAUGAGUGUUGAUCGAUACAUUGCUGUGUGUCACCCUGUGAAGGCCCUGGACUUCCGCACGCCUCUCAAGGCAAAGAUCAUCAAUAUCUGUAUCUGGCUACUCUCCUCAUCGGUCGGUAUAUCUGCCAUUGUCCUGGGAGGCACCAAAGUGAGAGAAGACACUGGGAGCACAGAAUGUUCUUUGCAGUUUCCAGACACUGAUUAUUUGUGGUGGGACAUCUUCAUGAAAAUCUGCGUCUUCGUCUUUGCAUUUGUUAUUCCAGUUCUCAUUAUAAUUGUUUGCUAUACCUUGAUGAUCCUACGCUUGAAGAGCGUACGACUUCUCUCAGGGUCUCGAGAAAAAGACCGAAACCUUCGUCGAAUUACAAGAUUGGUUCUUGUAGUUGUGGCAGUUUUCAUUAUCUGUUGGACUCCUAUUCACAUUUUUGUGCUGGUUGAGGCAUUAGGGGAUGUGCCCCAUAGCACUGCAGCAAUCUCUAGCUAUUAUUUCUGCAUUGCGUUGGGUUAUACCAACAGCAGUCUAAAUCCUAUCCUUUAUGCUUUUUUGGAUGAAAACUUCAAGCGCUGCUUUAAGGACUUUUGCUUUCCCUUUAAGAUGAGGAUGGACAGGCAGAGCACCAGCAGAGUCAGAAACACAGUUCAAGACCCUGUGUACACGAGGGAAGUGGAUGGGACAAACAAACCAGUAUGACUAGUCGUGGAGAUGUCAUCUUACUGUUCUCAAGGAAGAGGAGAAUCAAAUGAUCUUGGGCUAACUCAAAUAACCACUGUGGUUUGAGACAUUUUUUUGUAAUAAUAUUUAGGAACUGUCAUAAUUUGAACUAAAAUACAUUAAGUGUUUAUGACAGGAAAUUCCCCAAUGAAUUCCCACUCUAUGAAAAAAGAAGACUUUGGCUGCCAGAUUUUGGAGCCACAUUUACAAUGGAGUUGAACAGCUAGUAAAAAUACCCAUUUUCAGCAAAGAAGGAAGAGCUUCAUACCACAUUAGGUGACUCUGGACAAGAAUAACAUUGAACUGUUCUAAUAGUAUGGAUCUGCCACCACCUAGUUUGUACCAAGCAUCAUUUGGUGAUAACACUAAACCAAGUUAUGGCAGAAACUCUUGUUUUGACCUAAAAUGUUUGCUUCAGAAGCAAAAAGAAAGCAUCUUUAAAUACUUUGCUGCUUUCCAAUGAACAGUAUCAAUUCUGAGCCUACAGAACAUGGCAGAGCUAUGUGAUCAAAAUUCUCAUUAACUACUUUGUGUGAAAUAAUAUAUGUUAGUCUAUAAUCUGGAGAUCCAGGUUAAGCAUGAUCUGCCUUCAGGCCAAAAUUAUUUUAUUGUAGCUGUGUAUUGUGAAAACUUUUCAAUGUUCAAAAUAAAUCAAGUUGUAAAGAUAAUUCUUCAUA